AUGUGGGUCAAGAUCGGCAAUACUGAUGUGGCUCACAUAUCUACAUCUGACAUCUGGCCCAUGUCUUGUUCCAGUGAAGUGAAUGAUGCUCAUGUGUUCAUCAGUUCUGGUCAAAAUGUCCGUCUGUCCUGUAAUAAUGCUAUUCAUGACUGCAAAUCAACUACAUGGAUCUAUAACAGAUUCAGUCAUUCAGCAGCAGUUGAACUGAUUGGUUUAGGGAUAAAGAAGAAGGACACAGAGAGACAUGAGAGACUGAGUCUGGGGUCUGACUGCUCUCUGAACAUCAACAACAUCACAGAAGAAGAUUAUGGACUUUACAGCUGCAGACAAUAUGUGAAUAAACAAAAACAAGGAACUGAUGCUCGUGUGUAUCUGCAUGUUCUUCAUGUCUCUUCAUCUUCAUCAUCCUCACAGACUGAGAUCAGUGCAGGCCGCUCUGUGACUCUCUUCUGUCAGCUGUAUUCAGAUGCUGGAGUCUCUUGUGAUGAUUGGAUCCGUUCUGAGGGAAUUGAGCUGUUCUGGGUGAAUCAGGCUGGUGUUAAACUGAAGAUAUCAGACUCCAGAUAUCAGAUAUCAACAUCAGAUCACUGUAACAUCACUCUGACUACAACACUCCUGAAUGAAGAUCACAACAGAGAGUGGAGAUGCAGUGUUACUCACAGAGAUCGAGUCCAGAGCUCAGUCACAUAUACUGUCAAGAGUUCAGCUCGAGAUGAUCCAGCGUCACCAGUGAUUCCAGUCCACAACACAAAAUCAACUACAACGACACCAAUAACUUCUACACAAGAUCCAGCAGAAACUGAAGUCAGAAGGACUGCUGGAUCAUUAUUCAGAGUGAUUGUGAUUAUUGUUGAGUUUGCAGCGUUUGCUGCUCCUACUGUGAUUCUUCUUCAGAUCAUCUGUGCAAGAAGAGCUGGGAGGAAGAACUCACAGCACCAGAGGAAAUAGUGAUGAAUGCAAUAUUAGAACAAAAUACUCUCUACAAAUAACAGACCAGAUUACAGCAAGAUUUAUCUUCAACUCAAUGAUAUUAUGGAUAUUUGCAUGCAGCUUUCAAGGAUAUUUGCUCCAUAUACACAUAAUACAGUACAUGGUAGUUUUCUAGCCUUGAGUUAUCUAAUCCUUGCAUUAAACUUUUUAUAGAGGCUUUUUAAAUGUUGUAAUGGUCCAUUUUAACUGAUGAUGCAACACGUCUGUUAAUUAUCAUAUUACAUAUUUACAGAUGUAUAUUUUUUUAUUCAUACACUGAUCAUUUAAAUCCAGAGACAAGUCCUUACUUAUGAAAAUGUAAGAUUUUUUCUGUAUUAGCUCUCUGUGUAAACUCUUGAUUACAAACAUCUCAGAAAUUAAAGGAAAAACGCACUAUGUAUUUUCUCGUGUUAUUUUCCCUCCUCUCGACGCUUCACACUCCAGUCCAGCGGGGGGCGCUGUUUGAACCACCAUUAACCCUCAGAGGAAGAAGAUUAGUUUCACUAGUGGUGGAGAGAUGAAGCUUCAUGAAGCUUUUGAAGCUUUGCAGCCAGAUGUGUUGAAAAGUGCUUCAUUUCUGGAGGCUUUGAAUGCAGGCGAGCGCCACCUGCUGGUCGAUGCCAGUAACCUGCAGCAAAACAUUAUCAGGAGUGUGACAGCCUUAAAAUGUGCGCUACAUAGUUCAGAAAGACUUGAUACAGUAACACACACUCACACAUAGU